UGAUAUAACCUUUGACAACAUGACAACAUAACAACAUAACAGCAAGUGCUUUUCCUCUUUGUUGUCCCUGAUAAAUUUGUGAUAAAGGUUCUUCCUAGCAUAAUUAAAUUCUUUCCUUACAUAAUUUUGUGCACAGAGUAGUCUGUUGCCACACAUAUUUGCUCAGCAUAACUACAAUGACUUUGUGCAGACUUACACGUCAGGAUGAAGCUUCAACUGAUAAUCGGUUUAGUUCAUCAUAUUACUUCUUCUCUUUAUAACAAGACAGAAAAGCCUCCGCUGGACGGCAGCGAGGGCAGAACCUGGAUGGAAGAAGGCCAGUCCCAAACUCAGCUCACAGCUGUGGAUGGUCCCGAUGAAGCUGCGACAGACGACGGAGACCGUCCAGCAUGGGAUUCUAAGAUUCAGUAUGUGUUAGCCCAGGUGGGCUUCAGUGUGGGCUUAGGGAAUGUGUGGAGAUUUCCAUACCUCUGCCAUCAAAAUGGAGGCGGCGCCUUCAUGCUGCUGUAUGUUUUUCUUUUGGUGGUUGUGGGAGUUCCACUGUUUUUUAUGGAGCUGGCUGCUGGUCAAAGCAUUCGACAGGGCAGCAUUGGUGUAUGGAAGCACAUCUCUCCAAAGCUGGGAGGGAUCGGCUACUCCAGCUGCAUGGUCUGUUUUUAUGUGGCUUUGUACUAUAACGUUAUCAUUGCAUGGAGCCUGUUCUACAUGGGUAACUCCUUUCAGUAUCCUCUGCCAUGGGAGAAGUGUCCAACGAAUGUAACCUCCAAUGACACAGUGAAAGAAUGCGCAGCCAGCUCCCCAACGUCGUAUUUCUGGUUUCGGAAAGCUCUCAACAUCACAAAUUCCAUUGAAGAAUCUGGAGAGUUUAACCCCAUCAUGACAGGCUGUUUAUUGGCUGCUUGGGCAAUUGUUGCCUUGGCAAUGAUAAAGGGCUUGCAGGGUUUUUUUGGCAAAGUGAUGUACUUUUCCUCCAUUUUUCCCUAUGUGGUGCUUUUUAUUUUCCUGAUCAGAGGAUUACUGUUGGACGGUGCCUUGGAAGGAAUCACCUACAUGUUUUAUCCUAAACUGGAGAUCUGGGGUAACGUGCAGGUGUGGCGACAGGCUGCUACACAAGUGUUUUUCGCCCUGGGCCUGGGCUAUGGUUCUGUUAUCGCGUACUCCUCCUACAAUCCAGUCCACAACAACUGCCACAGGGAUGCUCUGAUGGUCUCCUGCAUCAACUUCAUGACAUCCGUGCUGGCCUCUCUAGUGGUUUUCAUCGUGCUCGGUUUCCGUGCCAAGAACAUUGCACUACGUUGUGUGGCUGAAAAUCUCAGUGUACUAAACUUAUUGGCAUCCAGUGGAUCUAACCAGCAUUGGUGGCCAUGGUUCAACAUGACAGAUGUAAGCACUGUGACUUUAGCUGAAUACAGAGAGUGGUACCAUCUCUACAGCUCCAUGGUGGGUCCUAAAAUCACUGACUGCAGUCUGGAGCAGGAGAUGAAUAAGGGUGUCGAAGGGACAGGCCUGGCAUUCAUAGCAUUCACUGAGGUGAUGGCCUUCUUCCCAGCUAGUCCCUUCUGGUCCACCCUGUUUUUCCUCAUGCUGCUCAACCUGGGCCUCAGCACCAUGUUUGGAACAAUGCAGGGAAUCCUCACACCUCUCAUGGACAAUUUCAGCCUCUUGGGGCGUCACCGAACCCUACUCACGGUGUCCAGCUGUGCUUUGGGGUUCAUUAUUGGAUUACUGUUCACUCAGCGCUCUGGCAACUAUUUUGUGACCAUGUUUGAUGACUACUCUGCAACCCUGCCUUUGGUCAUUGUGGUCAUUUUUGAAACCAUUAGUGUGGCGUGGGUUUAUGGAACAGAUCGCUUUCUGGAUGAUAUUGAAAUAAUGCUCAAAUGGCGCCCUCCGGUGGUGUACAAGUACCUUUGGAAAUAUGUGUGUUUGCUGGCGAUGGUCAGUCUUCUGGCAGCCAGUUUGCUCCGCAUGGUCUUCAAAGGGCCCACGUACACCGCCUGGAAUCAAAGCACGGCUUCUGAGAUGACUCUCGAGUACCCUGGAUGGGCCCUGGCUAUGAUCAUCAUGCUUAUAGUGUUUGCCAGCUUGCCUGUACCUGUCAGCUACAUCUAUUCCUUAGUGAAGAACCGCUGGGUCCGUAGCACUCCCUCCCAGGUUGAAGUCGGCCAGGAAAUGCGUCGCGAGUUGUACACCAAGUGCAGCUCUACCGAGCAGCCAGAUUCCCAUUUCCAACCUGUCCACUUCAGGGAAGACGAGGUUCAUCCCAGGCCUGCCUUCCUGUCGGUGGGCAACGAACAUUACCGGCUCCUUUCCCAGGAGGAGGACGAGGAGGAGGAGGAGGAACAAGACACGGGGGUGUGAGCAUGGUGGUCAGAAGGAAGUUGUUUGAGAAAGGACAAAAUUCAAAUAGAAAGAAAAGUACAAAGACAAAAAAUUAAAGCAAGCAGAGCCAUGAACAGCGUUAUCCUUGGAUUUUAUGUCUUUAUAUUCAGUAAACCUUUGAAAAGUUGUUUUAACUAUGUAUUUAUAUUGUAUCAUCCUCCUAGUGCCUCCCUAUACUUGUUUUCUGAACCAGCUUUGCUGUUCAGAAGAUAGAAACAGUUGUACAUAAACAACAAAACAAACAGUUGUGUUUUUGAAAGGAUUUAAAGUAGGAAACGUAUGCAACAUGCUGGUGACAGUCACUACUUUCAUGUCUGGUGAAUGCAGCAGCUCAUAAAAAUGCUUAUGGGAUCUUUUUUUAGCUGAAGGACUAAUAUGUAUUUGCAUGAAAACA